AUGAGGGGAGAUUCUUACUUUGGAAUGCGGGGCCUUGGCCACUAUGGCUGCAUUCCUGAGGAUGGAGGAACAUUCCUGCUCUACUCUAUCAACGGAGACAAUGGCCUAAAGACGUGUUUUCCAGAGGAAGAUUUCCAUGAAAUAAUUGAUUUCAACGAUCUCCCAAAUUCUCUCUUCGCCUGUAAUGUUCACCAGUCUGUGUUUGAGGAUGAGGACAGUAAGGAGAAAUUUGAAGGUUUGUUCCGUGCCUAUGAUGACUGUGUGACAUUCCAGCUGUUCAAAAGCUUCAGGCGUGUGCGGAUAAAUUUUAGCAGUCCCAAAUCAGCUGCUCGUGCCAGAAUAGAGCUGCAUGAAACACAGUUCAGAGGGAAGAAGUUAAAGUUGUAUUUUGCACAGAUUCAGACCUCUGAGACAGAUGGAGACAAGCUUCAUUUGGCACCACCCCAGCCUGCAAAACAGUUUCUCAUCUCGCCUCCAGCCUCUCCACCUGUAGGGUGGCAACCAAUAGAUGAUGCAACACCUGUCAUCAACUACGACCUCCUUUACGCAGUUUCUAAGCUUGGGCCAGGAGAGAAAUACGAGCUGCACGCAGGAACAGAGUCCACUCCCAGUGUGGUAGUGCACGUUUGUGACAGCGACAUGGAAGAAGAUGAGGACCCAAAGAAUUCUCCAAAGCCAAAAAUUAUUCAAACUCGACGCCCCGGUGUGCCACCGCCUGUAUCUAACUGAGCCGCUCCGGCAGAGGCAGCACUUCUCUCUCCUCCAGCACAGCUCUUGAUUUUUAUUUGCUUUGUUCUGUUGAAAGGCAGCCCUUGCCUUCUGAGCACCGGGACAUUAAGGUCAUUGAAACCCCUUCACAGUAAUCAAGCCUCUGUAACAAAAGGGCUAGGAAAAAAGUCUUUGUAACCAUAUCACACACCAACUAAUAGAUCUAGCUGGAAAGGACAAAACAAGGCUGAGAAACAAGGGAGGGUUUCAGUCUGAGGAUCUUUUCACAGCUAUAAUUUGCAUGCUGAAACAUCACUACCAGAGAGAUUCGGGUGGGAAUUAGGCCAAUGUCAGGCUUGAUAUUCAAACUCCCAGGAUUGCUACUGCCCUUCAUGAAGCAGCCUUCUCCUCUACCCUCCUCACUUCCCAACAGACCUUAGUCUUUCCCCUUUUCCCUUUUUUUAAGGGGGUAGGUGUGUUAUUUUUACUCUACUAGCAGCUUGGUGACCUUUGCACCCCGUGGAAUUUUCUGUAAGGAAUACUAUCUUUGCAACAUUUUCAGAAAUAACAGAAAACGACCCUCUUCCAGCAACAGCUGUAGAGAACAGCUGUAGAGAAAUGGUGGCAGGGAUGUGAGAUGGAGCUUUCUGGGAUGAGGGGAGAGGCAGCAUCUUCUUGAGGGUCUGGUCACUCCUCCUCUCUGGGGAGAAGGGAGCCAGAAUAUCAGCAGGGAUUGUCAGUUUAUCUUCUGUCAAGGGAUGAGUGGUGCUUCUCUCUGGGUCUGUGGAAGAGGAGCUGACUGACUGCUCAUGUAAGAUGGGAUUCCUUGCUCUCUGUCAUAGCUGUACGUUCCAGUAACAUUACAGGCUGAAUCCUUUCCUAGUGGUGUGGUGAAUAGCCCUGAAAUUGUUAGUAAUUACUUGCACAUCUCUAAUAUUCAGCCCUUUUCCCUUCCCACGUCCUGUGCUUCAAAACCCUUUUUGAGCUGUAUACAGUUUGGGUUUGUGGAGGUGAGCAGAGGUUAUUUGAAAUUGUUUUGGUUUUUUUUUCUCUUUUUUUUAGGCCAAAGAAAACAGGACCAUAAUUACACACUUGAAAUUAGACUGCAUGCAACUGAAUCCCCUUUUUUCACCCCAUCCUGCAUGUUUCUUUCACUUGCAAUAUAUACUGGGUUACAAAAACUGUUCUGUGUUUGCAUCAUGGCUGACAGCAGACAGAUCCUGGAUUCCCUGUCUGGCAGACCUUCCAUGAUGAUUUAUUUUUUUAAUGCAUACUUGUCAUUUUGAGAACAUAUUUUCUAGACAUUUGAGCUCAGAUUUUGCAUAUAUUUAAGCAUGCGCUUAAUUUAUGCACAUGAGUAGUUCCACUGAAAUUAAUACUGCAGAAACUGAGCGUAUGUAUAAGGUAUGGUGGGAUUUUUAAGCUAAUUAGCUGCAGCUGUACUCCCCAAAGUGAUUAUAAAAUGGCACAGUGAGCUUCCAUGGUUUAAAAUCCUUUACAGCUUAAAAUAAGUAAAUACAUCUUGGAAGCUUAUUCUAGGAUCUGAAAAGUCAGCUCAGGUUCUGUAAUCAAGAUUUUUGUCAUAAAACCUAAUGAUCUGGUUUCUGAGGGAGGGUUCCAUCACACCCUUAAUUAGCAGUGAUGCUACAAGGCUUCAGCAGAGUCAGGUCCCCCUUGCAGGGGUCCUGGCUCAGCAGCACUUCCAGGACAAAGGCGUGUUGCUCUGUCAGUGAGGACAGGAGAUGGCAUUCCCAAAGUGCAUGGUGAGGACAUCUGGGAAUGAGGACUUGCCAUUCUCUAGUAGUUCAGGCUCUGACCACCAGGCCCCUGGUAUUCCUGAUGAGAUGUAGUUCUUUACUCAGCACUCAGCGCAUUUCUGUAAUGUGAUAAUUGUUACUGCAUUAUGGGCAUCGUUGUGUGCAUGAUACACUGAUACAAUACUGCUCAUUAAAUACAGCAGAGACUGAACAGAAAAUGGAGCUUUAGUGUCUUUAUGAUAUCUGUGUAAAGGUUCCUUAAAGUAACUCCUUAGAGGUGCCACUUCAAUUAUUUUUUCAGUGAUACAUUGAAAAUCGAUUUAAGGAAACAAACUGUCACUCACAGGCCUAGGAAUGUAUCCUGUUGAAAGCAGCUUCUUAGGCCUGAAACUAUAUUCCAAGAGUAACACCACUGGCUUUUUUGAGAACACACUGAUGUCCAUGGGGUUUAGUUUAGCCCAGUACAAACAGGGACAGUAAUAUUUAAACAUGUAAAUGAUCAGAUAUCAUUGCAAUGGAUUUUUUUACAGGCAAGACCAUAGGAGGCCAAAUCUUGUCCUUGUAUCCAUGUCCUCAUACUUUGGAGAGGUGUGGUUCUGAACUAAGUACUUUGGCCUCAAAGGAUGUAAAACUACACUACAAAUUAAAGCACUGGACCUUAAAUGUUCUUUCCUCAAAGUGCAUUUUCAAGCAGAUUUAAAACGAGGCCCUGUUCAGUUACUACUCUGUGCUUUGUAAAGCUGUGUGGUGCUACCCAAGAGGCAGCAGGACACAGCUCAUUGCUUGAAGCACUGAAAUAGAAACACAAUUACAAACCUGGAAAUUCAAAGCAGCCUCUAUGGUCAAAGCUUAUAGAUCACCUGUAUGUGAUAAAAUAAUGUCAUAUUAAAAAAAUAAAAAGGAAAAAAAGAAAAAGAGUGUUUCAUGUACUAUGAAAUAAUGUCCCUAUCAUCAAAGUAUCAGCAUUUGUGGCUCUUGAGAGAAGCUAGUGUUUUACUAAAGGCUGGUUCUUGCCUAACAUGGAAAUAAUAGUUCUUUCAAAAAAUUCUGACUAUCUGGAAGGGGAAUUGUCCUAUUCAGUAAAUCACAGGCAGAACCCCUACUCAUUUGAGUGGGAAUUUGCUUUUCUGUAGCUUUUCUGAGGUCAGCCACUCUGACUUGCACUUCUCCCAGGGUGUCAGGGGUUCUCUCCUGCUGGAACCCUGGAAGAAUGGAGCCUCAGUGUUACACUGUGGCUCCUGGGACACAGUGGCACAGCUCACAUCCUUUUAAUUUCCUCCCCAAAGCAGGAGCUGGAGGGAGCAGAUGGAGGGGAUCCCUGGGGGCUCUCAUAGGUGGACAUGGCUCCUGCUCCUCUUUGGAAAUUAAAAGAAGGAAAUCAGGGGAGUACAGCUGCUGCUUCUGUUGCCUGCUGCCUGCUUGUCCUUUCUGACCUCUUCAGAAAUGAAACUGACAUUUUAAUGACUUCCUCCCUAUGAUUUAAAGCAUGAAAAAAUUUCCAGUGCAUGGAGAAAGGCUAUUUUGGAAUCAGCUCUUUUGGGACAAAGCAACAAGUAAUUUCUGUGGCCUUGAUUUUUGUAAUUAAGACAAGAUGUGCAAACUCCCCACUUCCUAACACACACAAACACACUCCAGUAAACUUUGUUUUCAGCCAAGAAAAUAUGGCAAGAGCAUCUCUUCCUCAACUAUAGCAAGACCACAGCCAUAGUUAUUGCAAAGUGUUUUAGGUUAUAAAAAUUCUCCCCAUGCAUAAAUUUUGUAGUGCUUAUUUGAUCCUAAAUUGGGUAAGAGGGAUGGGUUGGUUUUAUUUUGGUAUUUCCCUUCGCCCCCCCCGCCCCCCCCCAUCCUAUUCAGCAACACUGUAAAAGCUUUCAGCUUUUACAAAAAUACAGAUUGCUGUUUGUAUUGAGGAAUGGACUGAACUCCUGGCAGGAUGCAAUUCCAGUGGUUUGUCUGAGCACUGUCACAGAUGCCAUGAGCAUUUCCACUGUAUUGUACAUAACUUUUGAAAUAUUCUAUUUAGUCAUAUUUUAUAGGAGUAUUAAAAAGCUACUGGCUAAUUAAUCACUUUUACACUUGUAUAAUUCAGAGCUUAGUUUAAAAUAAUAAAUAUGGCAAACAGUAUUUUUGUGUUCUGCUUGCACUGGCAUUUGGAAAAGCAACAUUUAAAGAGUUAACCUAUAUCAAUAAACUGAGUAGUGUGGUGUCUAUCCCUGGUAGAACUGAAAAUGCUUAAAUGUGUGACAUAGGCCAAACUCUGUUUCAGUAGCAAUUAAGGGGAGAGCAGCCUUCUUGUUGGCAGGAUAUGCCAUGUUCCAUUUUAAGCUGCUGCAGUUUCACAGUCAUGUGAACUUGCUCUGGUUUGCUGUGGAUUUGGCUCGGUGUGCACAGAAAAAGCUGCAGUGCAGUCCCUGGUGAGCAAAAGCUCAGCAUGUCCCAGACCCCUGAUGGGGCUCUCUCUCUGAGCUUUUAUAAUCAUGGGUGAUGCUGUGGCCAUGAGUGCUUGGACAAGGAACAUGGCAUCCUGCUGCCAGCCAGGCUGGGGAAAGAGUUCUGUUAAGAUUCAUUAUUACAAAAAUGAAACGAAUCGUUGACUCUUGCAUCAGAUUGUGCUGGGUCUUGCAAAGGACUGGAAACUGGGAGAUGAGUUUGCUGAUAACUGUCCUGUGAAAUUCUGAUACUGAAUUGCUCAAAUCUGGAUUUGAAAAAAUGAUUUGUUUUUCUGUGUGCCUGGCAUAAAAAACUUCCUUUCUCAAAGGAUGAUUGUUCAUGAUUCUGAAAAUUAGAUCUACUUAAGAAGUCUCACUGGAGAAGUAAACUCUGAGCUCUUUAAUUCCUUUGGAAAGGACAGACCUUAACCUCUGUGUUUCAAUUAGAAAAACUAGUCAUAGUGAACUUCUGGGGUUCUUUUCACCUCUUUUAGAGGUGAAAGGCAGGAGGCCUAGUUUAUUCUUCACUUUGAGCACCAAAAGAGCUUCCCCCACCACAGUGAGUUUCUUCAUCCACCCAACUGAAAUGCUGUUAGUGACAUGUCGGCUGUGGCUCUUCCAUCGUGCUUGGCACUGGACACAGCACUGGGAAAUGAGCUUCAGGGCUUCAGCUGUGGAUGGCAGAGAGCUGUGUGUCCCAGAGGAUCACACUGAUCACAGUCACAACACUUUCAGAUCCUCUAAAGAAUAUUUACUGAAUUUAUUUUUGGUCCUUUUUUAGUGGCAAACACUUCAGCACUAAACUUUUUGCCAUUUUCUCUCACAUACCAGUGUGAACGUAAGACCUUUGCAUUUUCUUGAUUCCCUUUUGCCUAAGAAAUGACUUUUAGUUCUGGUUUAUCAAAAAGCAAAACUAGGUAUGGAUUAAAAUCACAGUCAGACCCUCAUUUAUACUCAGCAUCAUGCAGUGCUCUUGAAUAAUAAUGAGUUACACUAGGAAAAACCCAAACACUGCUUUUCCUGGUUUAACCCAUCUUCUGGGGGAGUACAGCAGCUUUCAAUAUUCUGGGCUUCUCUUAAAAAUAGAUGUUUUUAUAACAGUAGCCGUGUUCUUUUUUUGAAUACAUGUAGAAUGCAGCAUCCAGGGGUAAAAGGACAAAGGAGGAAGUGUUGUAAAAGCUCUUUCUCACAGGACUAUUUGAAGUGUGGAGUAUAUUUGCUUUGGCUUGGAAGGGAGAGAAGCCAGCACUGUUAGAGGCAGAACAGCAGCAGCACUCUGGAUGGAAGGGCAGGAACCCUGAAAGCCCCUACUGCUCAGAAAUGCUCAGAAAGAUUUAAAAAAACAGUCUGAAUUCUCCCCUUCUGUCAGUUUGUUCAGUAACUACACAGAUUCUGGGGCUGCAGCAAGAGUGAUCUUAAUUUAGGAUUGUGUCCUGAUGCCACAGCUACAGAGCUUAAAUAGGGACAUUUGUUAGGGAGAUUCUUGCUGGAGUAAGGCUAGGUAAGCUGUGGAGUGUGAGCAGCCUUGAAGUUAAUGAAAAAUGAAGAUAUUCAGAACCUUAAAACAGACUUCAGGAUUCAGAUCCAUCUACCCUAGAGCUGUAUUAAGGGCCCAUUUGAAUCAGGGGCUUCCUCACUCACAACAUGAAGAGAAUCCAGCAAGAAGGAUUUAACUUCUCUAUUAUUCUCACCAGAAAAUCAGCCUUCUUUUAACAAAUUAUUGUAACUGAUCAUAUAUGUAGUGCAAGAAAGUUGUGUCUACAUUAGUGUCACACAGAUGUGUUCUCUUCAUGGUUGGGUUAAUGAAGGUAAAUGUUUUGAAUUCAUUUUAGAGCAGAGUUCUUGUACAGACUUCUGACAGAAAUGCCAUCUGUAAGGACUGGUGGAUCCUUAAGUGUCAGUUUGGCAAGUUGUCCUACUGUGGGUAGCUGCAGAAAUAUUUCGUGUAUGUUGUUGUAGAUUUAAAAGCAUUGCUCAUGGUUUCAUUCAAGUGUCUGCAUUUCUGACACGGAUGUGACAUAUCUGUAUAUAUUAUAAAUCAAUACUAUUUUUAACCACAUAUUUUGUACAAAUAUUCACAUUAGCUCUGUACUUCAAUGAAAAUCUAUUAUGGUAUUAAACAUUUUGGUGGAAUUAGCAAA